AAAAUAAAAUAAAAUGGCAUCACGACCACCAACAUCAUCAAACACACGUGGAACGAAAAAAACACGACGUGGCGGUGCCGAUUGUAAUACGGCACGUAUUGGGUUUAUUGGUGCUGGUAAAAUAGCAACUUCCAUCAUCACCGGUCUUGUAUCACAACGUGGCCAAGUGGAUCCAAAACGUAUCUAUGUAUCAGCACCAACUACAAUCAAUACGGAUUCAUUCAAAGUUACCUAUCCGGGUAUUCAUAUAUCGAAAAGAAAUAUCGAUAUUUUUGGCCGUUUUGAUUGUGAUAUUGUAUUUAUUUGUUGUCCACCAAAUGUUAUUCGUAAUUUAUAUAAAAUUGGUGGAUCGCGGCCAGCAGCAUUGACCACAAAUUUUAUACCAAAUAUGCGACAUCCAGUUUAUAUAUUUAGUCUUGUAUUUGGUUUCACCACUGAACAGAUAAAAGAAUGUCUAUUGAAUCCCGAAAAUCCAGAACGAUAUACGGCCAAAUUUUUUCGUUGUGUAAUUAGUCAUCCAAUUGCAUUUGGUGUUGGCCAUUGGUGGAUCGAUAUCGAACCGGAUAGUGCAAAUUUUCCUAAUAUUGUACGUGAAAUUUUCACACGUAUUUCAUUGAUCGAAUAUGCACCGGAAUCACUUCUCGAUACCAUAUGUAUUAUUGCCGGUUCCAAUAUAACAUUUUGUUAUUAUUUUAUCAAUGCUAUUGCUGAUGGUGCUGUGAAAAAAGGAAUGCCACGAAAAUUGGCCGUAAAAUUUGCGGCUAAAGUUGCAUCAUCAGCAUCACAAACAGUAUUAACAACGGGUACAAAUGCUACUCAAUUAAAAGAAGAUGCAAGCAGUCCAUCCGGUGGUGCUAUCUAUGGACAAAUGAUAUUGGAUAAAAGUGAAGUUGCAUCCGGUAUUUGUGGUGCAAUUGAAGCAUCAUAUAAACGAUCACAAACAUUAGCAAUGACGGGUAAAACAGAGAAUACCGAAUGAAUCUUACUUUUUUUUUGUUUCUCUGAUUGUUUUCAAUCUACGAAUGAUAAUAAUGAUGAGUGAGUGUAUGUAUGUUUGUGAUUCAUUUGGUUAAUUAAUUAAAAUCUAUUAAAAUAUAAAUCUUACAAAAAUGUUUUGGAAACACGGAAGAAGAAACGCAAAUCUCAACAUGUCAUAGUAGUAAAUCAUGAUAUUAGAUAACCCGAUAUAUGGUUCUAUCGUAUUCUUGAACACCACAUACACAUACAUAUUAAAUACAUGUACUUGGAAUUCUCCUUCAAAAGUUCUCAUAGAGAGAAUACCGAAGACCGACGAAAAAUCCCGAAGGUCGACAAAGGCGCGCGCGCUACGUCCGUAUCCUUGUAUAUUGAAAAAAACCAAGCUUUAUCGUCAACAACAAUGAAUGCAAAUAGACCAAAGAAAUCAUCAUCGAAUAUAGUAGUAGUUGCCGUUGUUGUUACGUCACGCACCCAUUUUCCGAGUAUCAGAAACGCCUACACACCCACUUGUCUAUCAAAAAAAAAAAAUUAAGUAUUAGAAUUUGAAAUAAAACAUUAAGACCAACAAACAAAAAGAAGAAAGAAAG